AUUAUGAUUUAAUUUAGAGCUGGGGAUAUACCAUACUCACCCACCCCAGCACCAACCAACCUCGAAACACAACUCCAGUUGGCUACAUGUAGGACCAACAGUAGAAGGAACCAAUUCAGUAGAAGCAAUAUGGCAUCCAAACGGGACAAGUGUUCUGCUUCGUCGCCCAGCUCCAAUGAUGAUGGUGGUGAAAAGGCAGUUCGACUAUUGCUGCAUACAGUGGACGGUGCGAUACCCUAUUUGACCCCUCAUCUUUUGGAAACUUGCUUUCCCAUCGAGCAAGUCAAGGAUUUCCUGUGGAUUGGAAUAGCCGUGCGGGAUGCCUGCAUCUCUCCCGUCAUGGCAACUCCAAAAAAGGAUACGGAUGAAACAAAAAACAAGAAAAAGAACAAACCCAGUGGAUAUGCGUUUUCUCCCACUACCGAACCGGAUGCAUGGCUGCUACCCUACACUCGCGUGACGGUGCCCACCUUUGAUCCUUGUCAGGAUUCCAUACGGCAUUCACACAAAAAUAUAGUGGAUGUGACAGCUUCCAAUGAUCAUGUCAUGGUAUGGACCGAGUUUGGACGACAAACGUUGACCCGGGAGGCCUAUGACACGGCAGCCGCCGAGGGCUUGCAAUCUCAUGCCAGCGUGACGCUCUUUGAUGCUUGUACCGAAGAUGCCAAAGCAAAGAGGAAACGAGCCUCUUUGGAACGCACCAAUGCUUGGCGGGAAGAAACUAUAAAGAGUCAUGCUUCGGAUGGUACCUUGUGGGCAUCCUGUUUGGUAGCGGCAGCCAAAGAGGACCAGGAUCCAGGGGUGACGCAACAAUUCGAGUCCAUCCAGAACGCACUGGACAACAAGUCUGUCAAUGGGGUCGCCUUUGUCAAUUGGCAAACCAUAUCCGAUGCAUCUCAACGAGUGUCAGUACUACAGCAGUGCAUCCAAAGAAUCAAGAAUGCUCCCACCACAACAACCCUGGCAGUCCUCUCCACCAAUUCACUGGAACAAGUCAUGGAGUGUUUUCAGCAGGGGAUUAACAUCAUUGGGACCAAUCUACCCAUACAGUGGGCCAAGCAAAAGAAAGCCUUUGUCUGUGAUGUUGGAAACUGGAAGAACCGCAAGGAUCCCAAACGACCAAAGCUGGAGCCCUCAUCGGUGGAUGCGGACGGGUGCUUUCCCGUGGACUCGUCGGAAACUUGGAUUCGGGAUGCUAAUCCCAUCCUCGCCGGAUGCUCGUGCUUGACGUGCCAACAACACUGCCGGGCGUAUCUGUACCAUUUGGUCCAGACGAAGGAGCUCUUGGCAGAGAUCCUUCUCUUUAUACACAAUCUUCAUCACAUGAUUGGUUUGUUUCGAGCAUGUAGCCAAUCCAGGAUUUCUGGCAGCGAGGAAGAGCUCUGUCGGCACAUUCAGGAUCAAAUCGCCAAUAACAACAACAAUAAUGAGCUGCAGGGAUUGACCAAGCAUUGAUCUAAAUUUAACCAACUAGCUUUUGAAUUGAACCAAGUCUCUC